UCUAAAGUUUAUCUAGAAAGAUGGCCGCUGUUUUUGUCUACUAAUCUAAUAUUUAUAAAUAUUUAUCUCAAACACCUUGUUUAAAAUAUCAAUAAUAAAAUGGAAACAAGGUAUCUCUUUACCAACUGGAGAACAAUAGUAAGAAAAUGGAAGCCAUUAGGAUGUGUAAUUACCCAGAAUUCUAAAGGCUGUGUAUCUACCUGGACCCCAUUUGCUGCUGCAUUUAACACCAAGCCUCAGAGAAAGUUCAAACUUCAAAUUAACAAAGGAAAUGUGGGGUUGUUCUGUCUGCCUGAAUUAAAAGACCACACAGGAUUCUAUUUGUUAAAACAAACUGUUGAGGAGGACGUGCACAGAUUAGUCACUGAAGCCACAUCCAAGAAUAGAACUCGUAAAAUAGUCACCAUAUUUGAUGAGCUUUCAGAUACAUUGUGUAGAGUUGCAGAUAUGUCAGAUUUUGUGAGAGUGGCCCACCCAGAUCCUGCCUUUGCUCAAGCUGCUGAGGAAACAUGUGUUGAGUUGUCCAGUUUAGUGGAGAGACUAAACACAAAUGUGUCCCUUCAUGCUGUGCUGAAGACUGUUCUAAAUGAUGGAGACUUGGUCCCAACAGAUGCAGUAGAUCAGCGGGUCACACAACUUUUUAUGUUCGACUUUGAACAGAGCGGGAUACACCUAGAAGAAAAACAGCGGACAGAGUUUGUCAAGUUGAAUGAACAAGUCCAUAUGCUUGGCACUUUUUUUCAAAGAGGAACACAGAAGCCAGUUGGAAUUCCCAAAAGCCAACUCCCAGGAAAUCUGCAGCAUGUGUUUGGCUUGGAUGGUGAUAACAUAAUGGUCACUGGUCUCUUCUCUGAUCACUACAGCAGUCUGGUACGAGAAGCUGCAUAUAGAAUAUUCCUUCAUGAAGAUUCCCAUCAAGAAAGUCUCUUACAAUCUCUUCUGACGGCUAGGCACAGGUUGGCAAAUCUUGUUGGAUUUGAAACUUAUUCUCAGAGGGCCAAUAGAGGGACAAUGAUUGAAUCCCCAGAAAAUAUUCUCAACUUUCUUGAGUUGCUGGCCCAGAAACUACAGUCAAGGACCAAACUGGAUUAUGAUAUGAUGUUGGCACUUAAACAAGAACAAGAAAAAUCUGCUACGAAGAUCAAGCCUUGGGAUCCACCUUAUCUUACAGCAAUUGGAAGACAAAAAAGGAGUGCAAUGUCUGCCAUGGAUAGCCUCCCUUACUUUUCACUUGGCUGUGUGAUGGAGGGUCUCAAUCAACUGUUUCAGUCUCUCUUUGCUGUCUCCUUACAACAUGUGGAGAUGGAGCAGGGAGAGGCCUGGGCACAAGACAUUUAUAAACUGGCUGUGGUGGACAAAUCUGAUGGUGUUCUAGGCUACAUUUAUUGUGAUUUUUUUGAGCGAUAUGGCAAGCCUAACCAGGACUGCCACUACACUAUCCAGGGAGGGCGCAGACGGGAAGAUGGAAGCUAUCAACACCCAAUUGUUGUCUUACAACUCUCCUUGUCCAGCCCACAAAACUCCAACCUUCCCACACUGCUGAGUCCCGGCAAUGUGGACAAUCUGUUCCAUGAAUUUGGCCACGCUAUGCAUUCAAUGUUGGGCAGAACAAGGUAUCAACAUGUUACAGGCACCAGGUGCCCCACAGAUUUUGCUGAGGUCCCAUCUGUGCUCAUGGAGUUUUUUGCAUCUGAACCCAGGGUACUUACCACAUUCGCUCGUCAUUACAAAACUGGUGAACCCAUGAAAACAAAUGACAUAGUCAACUUGUGUGAUUCUAAAAAAAUGUUUGCAGCUUCUGAUAUGCAGCAACAGGUUUUCUUCUCCAUCCUAGACCAGAUCUAUCAUGGUUGCCAUCCAUUACAAGGCUCAACCACUGCAAUACUUGCACAGUUGCAAUCAAAGUACUAUAACAUAGAUUAUGUGCCUGAUACAGCCUGGCAGCUGAGAUUUGGACAUUUGGUUGGCUAUGGUGCCAGGUAUUACGCCUACCUGGUAUCUAGAGCAGUGGCUGCCCAGGUCUGGCACACAUGUUUCAAAGCUGAUCCUUUUAACAGGUCAAUGGGUUUGAUGUACAGGAAAGAAAUGUUAUCACAUGGUGGAGAAAAACACCCAAGGCAGAUUGUUCAAGAUAUGCUUGGCUGUGCCCCGACUGUGGAAUAUCUGGUGAAUUCUUUAAUUCAUGACAUGGAUGAAAACUAUCAGCUGUUGGAUUAGCUAACAGGAAUUGAUUUACAACAGUUUACACUAUUAUUUAUAUAGAAAUGAAAUUUUUCACAACAAUAAUUGUUUUGUUUCAUUUUUUUUCAGUUUUG